CUGCUCAUCUAUGCGAAGGAUACGACCGCCAAGGCCACAAAAGGCAUUGCAGCUGUGAAGAAUGUAGUUGUUGAAAAUACAAUUUUCGGAGAGCUUGAUCGCGAGCAGGAGGCUUUUGCUGAAAAAGUAGCUGCCAGUCGUCUGCCGGAAGUCCUUGAUCCAUGGGAUGGGCUGCCAGAUCGAGAGUUUGCAAAGAAGAAAAUCUUGGCGUUGUCUUUGGUAAACUGCGACUUUGACACGGCAACACAACAGGCUAUGGCUAAACGGCUAAUGACCGUCGAUCCAAAUUUGAGCCGUAUUCGUUUUGAGCUAGUGCCCAAGAAAUUGAGUGAAGAAAAGUUUUGGCGAAACUAUUUUUAUCGGGUGUCGCUAAUAAGACAUUCGAUAAGUGCAAAUGCAUCCGAACCACAGUCGACGGCCAAAAAAGCAGCUCCUGUAGAACCUGAUGCUGCGACAAGUGGGGUAAGCGAAGUGUCGACAAACGCUGGAGAAUGUUCCGUGAAGAUUGCCGAAGAAAAGGAUGGGUCCAUUGGGGAGAACAGUACUCAAUGUUGUAUAUUUUUCGGAUUUGCUUUUCGGACCGCUUUGAAACUGUGUGACAAUUUAGAUGACGACUGGGAACGUGAAAUUCUCUCCGAUUUGAACGAGUACGAAUUGGUAGCUGAGAGGAACGAGAAAUCCGAAGAACAAUGGGAAGCCGAGAUUCAGGACCUACUUAAUUCGACGGAGUAG